ACCAAUCACAGUCGGGGUGGUGCUCGUCAGAGCGUUUACAGGGGUUCACGUGUAAUUCGAAACCAACACACAAUCUUGUGAUAAGAGCGCAUUUCUGAUCGCUGCAAACCAAAGCUUCUGUCUUUUAUUAAUCGGUCAUUUGGAGAUUCAGAAACCAGAAUGUCCAGCACUGUCAUACCCAUGACCUCUUCAGCGCUCAUCAUCCAGCUGCAACCGCUAACACAAUCAACAAAUGCUCCUGUUUAUGAACAGCACGUGGCAGGAGUUUCACCUCUUCAUGGACUUCAGGCAUUUCUCAAAGGCCAGCCGAAAGCCCUUGGGACGGUCCAGAUUAUGAUUGGUCUGCUGACUCUCCUGUUAGGCAUUGUGUCUACAGUUUAUGCAAGUCAUGGCUUUGUCUAUAGUGGACUGCCUUACUGGGGAUCUGUCAUCUACAUUACUGCAGGCUCACUCUGCAUUGCUGCCGAAAAUAAGAUUAAUUUACCCUCCAGUUUGUGUUUGGUGAAUGCUUCACUUGGAAUGAACAUUUUCAGUACUAUAACCGCCGGCAUUGCCAUUAUUUUAACCUCUCUGGAUUUGGUUAUAGGGCCAUACACUUACUGCUACCAUUAUGACUGUUCUUAUGUAGGACAAUAUGAGACUCUCUUCAGGGGAAUCAGAGGAGUGUUGCUGUUAUUCUCUGUGCUUGAGUUUAUCAUCUCCAUCUGUCUGUCAGCAUUUGCCUGUAAAGCCACUGGCUGCUGUUUUUCUCCUCAGGUGCAGUUUGCUCAAGUUCUUCCACCACAGCCCUGUGAUUUCAGGCCCAAUCAUUUCCACGAUCUCAACAGCUCAGAGAUCCCUGUGGCCAGCAGCUCUUCCUCUCAUCAUUCUGCAGACGCUCCUCCACAAUACAAUGAAAUAAAUAAGUAUUAAAAAUUGGACAGUUGUCCCAUAUGAAAGAAAAAUAUAUGGGAAUGUUUUGGAAAAUAUAAUGCAGUUUAUUACAUAAAACAUUUCUAUAUAUGGGAAACCAGCGCUUAUAUUUUUCAGUAUUCUGCAGUAUAUUCAUGGAUCAUGUUUAGAUGUGUUUUUAUGCAUUUAAAAAAAUACUUUUAAUUUGGCAUGAAGUAGCUUUAUUGAAACAUUUUCUCUUUCAAAAGUUACAGCUGAACACAUUCAUAACUUUUAUAUAUUUUCCUUAUAAUUGUGUAAUUUUCUAGUGCAUGUACCUGUCGCAGUAUAUGUGUGUAUGCAUACAAACAGUUUAUCAUAUGUUUUUCUAUAUAUUAUGAAGAAUAUUAUUGAAUACAUAUAGCAGUCCCUCCAGAAAAAUGCGGAUGUGCAGGAUGGAAUGGAAUAUGCAGGAUAUUUUUGCAAUUUUUUGCAAAGUUCCCACCGCUUGCAAAAACUGCGGUUUGAUGAAAAAGAGAAAAAAAGGUGAUCCCCCCCCCCCCAACACCCUGUUCUCACUACUACUGUAAAGAGUCAUUACUUAUGACUAACUAUGAUAAGCAAGCAUACUAAAUCACAUAAUACUUAAGUUCUCAUUCUGUUUUAUUUCAGACCUUAAAUAACACAUGACCAGAGACAGUCUCUGCUCAAACUUACAAAACAUGGAGUCAAACAAGUUCUCUACCUUUACAAAAGGAAUAUUCAACAACUUCUGUACAAAUGAAUAAAUAAAAU